AUGGGCCGUUCAACGGCAUCCUUAAUCACGACGGUUGCUCCUGCCAGUGUCCAGCCGUCGACACAGGCACCUACUGGCCGCAAACGCAAACGCACGAACGCGGAGGAGGACUGCGAUGCGGCGCCAUCGUCCGGCGCACCCAAGUCCUCCACCAGCAACCGAAAAAGGAAGCGUGUAAAGAAGGCUGUUCCGGCUAAGGCGAGCAGUCUUCCCGCUGUUGCUAAAGCACCAUCGCCAGAGCUGCCACCACGGGAUACAUCGAACUCCAUCACAAAGAAUGUGGAGACGCUCGCGGCCCACCGCGACCACGGCGGAAUCUUGUUGCAGGAUCCACUCGCUUCACUCAGCGAGAGGGAUCUGCCUGAGCCCUCAGUCGUGAAACCAACCGGCUUGGAUGCAACGCCUUCGACUGAAACUGUGGUACCGUCGAUCGCGAAGCGACCACAAUCUACUACGCCUCCUGUUGUUGCGGCGAGCCUUGAUUUUAUCGUCGGUAUGCCACUCUCAGUGGAGCGUGAAGACGAUCUCUGUGACUUAUUCGGCGACCCACUCGACGAUGACUCAGUUUCAAUGGGCAAAUGAGCGUGAACAGAGCACUUUGACGGCCGAAGCCUCCCUGGUACAACUCGGGCUCUAUCGCCAGAGCGCAGGCGAUCUACGCAGAAGGUUACAACGACUUACAACAGCUCGGCGAAGGACCACGUUGAUGUUCACUAACACGUCGACGGCCUCGGAACUCAACAGCAGUAUCCCAAGAUGUCACGGAGAGCAAAGCGCGCAGCCGGUAGUGACCACGCAUCC